UGUGUGUGUGUGUGUGUGUGUGUGUGUGUGUGUGUGUGUUUCUGUAAACAUUCGCUUUACGAGAUGAGAGUCACGAUGGCGUGGCCAAAGGACAUGCUGGAAGAGAUAGAAGACUUUUGCUUGGAGAGGUCGAUAAGAAGUCUCAAGACCAAUGAGGAAAUCGAGAAGUUGAGUGUCGACGAGAAAUUGAGUUCUUUGGAUCGAGCUCUGUAUUUGCUCAAGAAACGAAGCCAUGGAAGACUCGCGUUCAGAGAGAAGAGAAAGGUGACGGUGCAAUUGGAGAAGAAAAGAAAACCAGCGGAAGAUGCACAGAAAGAGAUGUGUACAGCAAGAGAAGAAAUCAGGAAAGCAAAAGAGGAAACAAGACAAGCAAGACAAGAAACUGGACAAGCAAAGCAAGAGAUGAAGAAAGCAAAGAUUGAAACAAAAGGAGAAAGGCUGAAGAUUAUGGCACUUGAACAUGAAAAGUCAAUGUGUCCUGCUAGCCAUCAUCAUCAUCAGAUCAAUGACAGUCUACCAUCAUGGAUACAGUGGAAUGUACACAUGCCUCAUGACAGGUGGUCAUAUAAUAGAAUGGGAGAGAUUGAAGGCAGACUAGUGGUAGGAGGUUAUGAUAAUAGUCUGCAUUUUCUCACUUAUAAACAUGAUAAGUGGGACAAGUUUGUCAGAAAGAAUGGUGACAUCAGGAAUGUAGUGUGUCAUCAAGGUGUGUGUCUGGUGUGUGUGAAGGAUGGAGAUAAAGAUCAGUUUGUGAUUGAACAAUUUUAUUUGAAUGAAGACAAGAAAUGGCGUUUCCUCACAGUUCUACCAAACGAACUGCAGUUGUAUGGUGUAUCUGUUGCUCUUCAUGACAACUCACUGUAUGUGGUGGGUGGUGAGACUAAGUCAAGGGAGAUAGUGAACACAGCACGCGUGUGUGACCUUCACAGCGGUCAUUGGUAUAAGAUGGAUGACAUGCAAAUAAAACGUCGUUACUGUUCUUCUGUUAUUAUAAACAACACAGUGUUUGUAGGGGGAGGAUUGACUGAUGAAUAUCACUAUAGUAAUAUUGUUGAGUGUGCAGAUGUUCGUGAUAGAAAAUGGAGAACAAUCCCCUCUACAACCACAUAUGACUCUACACUAACGUCAGUCAGUAACAGACUGGUGGGGACUGGAGGAUGGACACAACAGGGGAUUAUUUCUCCAACUAAUAUUGUAGAAGUAUAUGAUGAGAGAUCUACCAAAUGGCUUCCUCUUCCACGCAUGACCCACAAACGGUGGGCACAUUCUGCAUUCUCAACUCAGAAUGGAGAACUCAUCACAGCAGGAGGAUUGGAUGAAAGAUUCGAAAUCAUCAUGUCAAUAGAAAGUCUGAAAUGUCCAUAACAUUUUGUGUUAACAAAUUACCUUAUUUUUAGUUUGUGUGUAUUUCACAUUUUGUUAUGUUUAUCCAACUGUAUGUUUAUGGUAAGAUACUUGGCGUGUAUGCAAGUGUAAGAGCAUCUAAUGAUACCAUAUUAUAUUAUUAUAUCACA